AUGGGAAGAGAAAACCAAACAGUGGUGAUGACAGAAUUCAUCCUAGCUGGCUUUUCCAGUUUCCCAAAGCUACAGAUUAUGUUGUUUGUAUUGUUCUCCCUCAUGUACGUGGUAACUUUAGCUGGAAAUAUCGUCAUCAUCACUACAAUAAGGCUUGACCACAGUCUUCACACCCCCAUGUAUUUCUUCCUCUCCAUCCUCUCCUUUUCAGAAAUCUGCUACACGCUCAUCAUUAUCCCUAACAUGCUUGCAAACCUUCUAAGAGAAAGGAAGACUAUUUCAUUUGUGGGCUGUGCCACUCAGAUGUGCAUUUUCCUGGGCUUUGGCUGUGCAAAUUGUAUGCUUCUGGCAGUGAUGGGGUACGAUAGAUAUGUGUCCGUAUGCAAGCCUUUACAUUAUCAGGUUCUCAUGAAUCAAAGAUUCUGUACCAAACUAGUUGCUUUUUCAGCAACAACUGGAUUUCUUUUUUCCAUAUCAGAGUCAAUAAUCAUAUUUACUUUGCCUUUCUGUGGACCAAAUAAAAUCAACCACUUCUUUUGUGAUUUAGCACCUUUGCUUGCACUAGCCUGUGACAGAAACUAUAUAGGAGAGAUUGUCAUUUUUAUUAUUUGUUUUUUGGUGGUGUUUUGCUCCUUCCUGUUCAUACUUCUCUCAUAUAUUUUAAUCCUAAAUGCUAUCUUGAAAAUCCCCACUGCAGCUGGGAAGCACAAGGCCUUUUCUACUUGUGCCUCUCACCUUAUUGUGGUCAUUGUGCACUUUGGAUGUGCUUCCAUUAUCUACCUAAGGCCCAAAUCCAGAUACACUUUGGAUGAAGACACUUUGAUUUCUGUCUCUUACACAAUGGUGACGCCCUUGUUGAACCCCCUGGUUUACAGCCUGAGAAACAAAGAUGUCCAAAUAGCACUCAAGAAAGCCCUUGGCAAAAGCGCCUGCACCCAAGGAAUCUGA